GCCACAGUUGUUUUUCGCCUUCUUUUUAUUUCAUUCACCGUCGACAAAACCCUAGAUUGAUACAAUGGCCGGUAAAGGAGAAGGUCCGGCCAUCGGAAUCGAUCUCGGCACCACAUACUCAUGCGUCGGUGUUUGGCAGCACGACCGUGUAGAGAUCAUCGCCAACGACCAGGGUAACAGAACCACCCCGUCGUACGUUGCUUUCACUGAUACCGAGCGGUUGAUCGGAGAUGCCGCUAAGAAUCAGGUCGCCAUGAACCCCAUCAACACCGUCUUCGAUGCUAAGAGGUUGAUUGGUCGUAGAAUUUCUGAUGCCUCUGUCCAGAGCGACAUGAAGUUGUGGCCGUUCAAGGUUACCUCCGGCCCUGGUGACAAGCCCAUGAUCGGAGUCUCCUACAAGGGAGAAGACAAGCUCUUUGCCGCCGAGGAAAUCUCGUCUAUGGUUCUCAUCAAGAUGCGUGAGAUCGCCGAGGCCUACCUUGGCAGCACCAUCAAGAACGCUGUUGUCACAGUCCCUGCCUACUUUAAUGAUUCCCAGCGUCAGGCCACCAAGGAUGCCGGAGUUAUUGCUGGAAUCAAUGUCCUCCGUAUCAUCAAUGAGCCCACAGCUGCUGCCAUUGCUUAUGGUCUUGACAAGAAGGCCACCAGCGUUGGUGAGAAGAAUGUCUUGAUCUUCGAUCUUGGAGGUGGUACUUUUGAUGUGUCUCUACUCACCAUUGAGGAGGGUAUUUUCGAGGUCAAGGCCACAGCCGGUGACACACAUUUGGGAGGAGAAGAUUUUGACAACAGAAUGGUGAACCACUUUGUUCAGGAGUUCAAGAGGAAGAAUAAGAAGGAUAUCAGCGGCAACCCCAGAGCCCUCAGGAGGUUGAGGACAUCUUGUGAAAGGGCAAAGAGAACCCUCUCUUCCACCGCUCAGACCACCAUUGAAAUCGACUCCCUUUACGAGGGUAUCGAUUUCUACUCCACCAUCACCCGUGCCAGAUUUGAGGAGUUGAACAUGGAUCUUUUCAGGAAGUGUAUGGAGCCAGUUGAGAAAUGUUUGAGGGAUGCCAAGAUGGACAAGAGCACCGUCCACGAUGUCGUUCUUGUUGGAGGAUCCACCCGUAUUCCUAAAGUACAGCAGCUUCUUCAGGACUUCUUCAACGGCAAGGAGCUCUGCAAGAGCAUCAACCCUGAUGAGGCUGUCGCCUAUGGUGCUGCCGUCCAGGCUGCCAUUCUCAGUGGAGAGGGCAACGAGAAGGUCCAGGACCUUCUUCUGUUGGAUGUUACCCCUCUUUCCCUCGGAUUGGAAACUGCCGGAGGUGUCAUGACUGUGUUGAUCCCCAGAAACACCACCAUCCCCACCAAGAAGGAACAGGUCUUCUCAACCUACUCCGACAACCAGCCCGGAGUCUUGAUUCAGGUGUACGAAGGAGAAAGAACAAGAACCAGGGACAACAAUUUGCUCGGAAAGUUCGAGCUCUCCGGAAUCCCACCAGCACCCAGAGGAGUACCCCAGAUCACUGUCUGCUUCGACAUUGACGCUAACGGUAUCUUGAAUGUCUCCGCCGAGGACAAGACCACCGGACAAAAGAACAAGAUCACAAUCACCAACGACAAGGGCAGGUUGUCCAAGGAGGAGAUUGAGAAGAUGGUUCAGGAGGCUGAGAAGUACAAGUCGGAGGACGAAGAGCACAAGAAGAAGGUGGAGAGCAAGAACGCCUUGGAGAACUAUGCCUACAAUAUGAGGAACACCAUCAAGGACGAGAAGAUUGGGGCCAAGCUGCCGCCGGCCGACAAGAAGAAGAUCGAGGACUCGAUCGAGACUGCCAUCCAAUGGUUGGACAGCAACCAGCUGGCGGAGGCCGAUGAGUUUGAAGACAAGAUGAAGGAGUUGGAGAGCAUCUGCAACCCAAUCAUCGCCAAGAUGUACCAGGGAGCUGGGGGCGACGGUGCCGGCCCAGUUGAUGAGGAUGAUGCUCCACCUAGUGCCAGCGGCCCAGGCCCCAAGAUCGAGGAGGUCGACUAAGUUUUUUGCUGCAGGGGUGAAUGUCGUUUUUUGGGAAUUAUGAAUUAGGUGUAUGGGAACUUAAUAUUUUUAUGUUUUAUUUGGGGCCUUGAAAUUAUAUAUCAAUGCCUAUUUUUCUAUUUUGCGGAACCUUUUAUGUUGUGCCGCUGGUAAAUUUUUGCCGGGGGCUUAUUUUUUCAACUUUUUAAUUUGUACUUUUUUAGCCAGUUUUAAUGGAAUAUUCUUUUGGCUAUAA